AUGCCUCGACUUCGCGUUCUCGCAGGCCCAAAUGCCAACCAACUCACCGAAAUAUCCACCGAGGUCAACACUUUCCGGACCCACCGCAUCACGUCUGACCGGUUCGACGGCGAAGUCUGCGUGCAUAUCAAGGGAUUCAUCGGUGCCGACGGAAACUUGAAAGAGAGCACAUACUUUCCCGAUUCAAAGGCCGGGAGCAAUCGAAAUGCGAGACAGGAAGAGAGUGGUGGUUCGAGCGCCAGCUCGGUCUCGGGAGACUCUAAUGGGAGUACAAGUAAUGGCAGUAGAAAAGGAGUAACAUGGAGCAUUCAAGUCCGUGGACGAUACCUUGUUCACGGUCUGACUAUGGACGACGUUCUCUUUGGGAAUACGUUUGACCGUCCACUCAAGCUACCUUGGGGAAGUGGUGCGGCUCUCAAGUUUAUGAACUUCGUCGACCCGACGCUGGAGCAUGCACUUGAUUCUGCAAAACCAUGGGCACUUUCUCCUCUCGUCGCUACGAUGCCGCACUUUGCCAUCUCCACCAAGAAAGGCCACUCCCAUCCCCUCGCAACUCCCGACGGCACCUACGUUCAGGACGACACCUCUCAGCUAAAGAACGUCCCCUCUUUCAAGAACGCAUCCGCAAGACGUCAGUACUUUGCAAAUGUAUCAAAUAGACAAAGGGUUCACUUGAGUAAAGACGAAACGAUCACGACAGACUUUUGCUAUGGAUUCCUCUCGUUCCCAGAGAUUCGAUUGAACCUUCCCGGCGGCAUUUCGUUCGAAUUGAUGAAAUACUGGGACGGACAACCGGUGCGAUUUGUUUGCUGCGAGAGGCGUAAGGACGAGCAGUCUGGAAAUGGCCGUGUAAAGGGUCCUGGAGACCCAUUCUGGGUCGUCGUAUUCGAGGCCGUCUUUGAUGAAGACGAGCCUGUUACUCCGGAUGGAGCGAGUGUAAAGGAUGACUCGCAGUUUGACCCAGAAGAGCAGAAGCACCUUCAAGAGGACAUUGACUAA